GGUCGAGCUCUGCGUCGCCUUCCACCCUGACUUUGCUCGAUUACGCCUCUUCACCGUCGGCAAGUAUGAGCAUGGAUCCAGGUCCAUCGUAUCCGACCACCCGGCCCAAGCAGACGGUAGCCUACUUCUACGAUGGCGACGUGGGCAACUACUCGUACGGGUACGGCCACCCGAUGAAGCCGCAUCGGAUGCGCAUGACGCACAACCUCGUCGUCAACUACGGCCUCGACCGGCACAUGGACAUCCUUCGGCCCAAGCGUGCGUCGAGGGAGCAGAUGGCCGCCUUCCACACCGACGAGUAUGUCGACUUCUUGAAUCGCGUCAGUCCCGAGACUAUGAACGAUCUGACCGGCGAUGGCACCCGGUACCUCAUUGGAGAAGACUGCCCUGCGUUCGAAGGUCUCUGGGAGUUCUGCACGAUCAGCGCAGGAGGCAGCCUGGCGGCGGCCGAGCGUAUCAACUCGGGCCAGGCCGACGUGGCCAUCAACUGGGCGGGCGGCCUGCACCAUGCAAAGAAGAGAGAGGCCAGCGGCUUCUGCUACGUCAACGACAUCGUCAUGGGCAUUCUCGAGCUGUUGAGAACACAUCUCCGCGUGCUGUACAUCGACAUUGACAUCCACCACGGAGACGGUGUCGAGGAGGCCUUCUACUCCACCGACCGCGUCCUCACUGUCUCCUUUCACAAGUUUGGCGAUUUCUUCCCUGGCACGGGCGACGUGCGAGACAUUGGCAUGAAGAAGGGCAAGGGCUACGCGGUCAAUGUCCCCCUCAAGGACGGUGUAGAUGAAAAGGAGUUUGGCGGCAUCUUUCGCCCGGUCCUCCAACACAUCAUGGACUGGUACAGGCCCGGAGCGGUGGUGCUUCAGUGUGGAGCUGACAGCCUGGCAGGCGACAAGCUCGGCUGCUUCAACCUGAGCAUGAAGGGCCAUGCCGACUGCGUCCGCUUCAUGCAGUCCUUUGACGUGCCCCUCAUCUGCCUCGGCGGCGGUGGCUACACGAUUCGCAACGUGGCAAAGACGUGGACCUAUGAGACGGGCCUGCUGGUCCACAAGGAGCUGGAUGAGAACCUGCCGUUCAACGAGUACAUUCAGUACUUUGGGCCAGAGUACAAGCUCGAUGUGCCGCCGACGAGCAUGGACAACCAGAACAGCCGCGAGUACAUCGAGGGCCUCAAGGCGCGCAUCAUCGACAACCUGCGCAGCCUGCCCAGCGCACCGUCGGUGCAGAUGCAGGAGGUGCCCCACCGGUCGCUCAACAUGGCUUCGCUCGAGCUGUCCGACGACGAGGACUCGGACCUGGACGAGCGGAUAUCGCGCAAGCUGCGCGACGCGCACAUUGAGCGCUACGGCGACGAGCUGAGCGGCGACGAAGACGACUGGGACCAGGAUGGGAGCGAGAUGGAGAGUGGCGCGGGCGACCUCUCGAGGCGAGGCUCUGCCACGACGGCCAAGCGGCUCCUCGGCGGCGCAGGCAUGAGCAGGGGCCUGAGUGCGAGGAGCGCGGCCGCCUACUCCAAUGGUGGCGGCCUUGGUCCGGGCAUCGCCGGUGGGCGCCGGGGCAGCGCGCCCUGGAAAACCCAAUUUGCAAACCACGACCUCGCGGCCAAGUUUGGGUCUGCCACUGGCGGCGCCAGUGCCAUGCGCCCUCGCCUGGGGCCCUUUGACGACAAUGCACACCAGAACGGCUUUGCAGGCGCAGGCAGGCACGCGCACAGCGACAAGCCGAAGCGGAGCUUCUUUGCCGCCCGAGCCGCUGGGCUGACGACGGCGGCGUCGAAGCGCGGGCCAUUUGCAGCGUCUCAGGCGGCGCCCCUGUCGACGACGAUGUACGACGACUUUGAUGGGCCGACCGCCAAUGGCCACGGCACGCCUGCUGCUCCAGCCACGGGUGCGCCCUCGGCUGCCAACUCCGAGGCGGCAGACAGCCCGGUGCCGUCGUCGGCGAUGCGAGACUCGCCCAUGGUCUCGUAGUAGUAGCCAGCCACAGUUCAGUCAAAGUUCUGUCUGUCAGCCCUCCGAGGCAAAAGAUCAUGUCACUUAGAUGCUUGUAAUUGUACUUGUAUUGGG